AUUUGUUUGACAUAAAAUAAUCAUUAAUAGCUACAUUGAUACAGAAUACGUGUCAAAUAUAAAACAUAACUUCUAGAAAAAGUACUUAAGUAGUUAUAACGUUUAUAGCCCUUAAAAUCACGAAGUAAAAUAAAUCCAUCCCUCGUAAAAAAACUUCGUGACCAGACUUUUGAUGGAUAUUAUCAUGUCUUUUCCUUUUUUUUGUGAAUACGGAGCUCUGAAAUUCAGUCGUGAUGAGAUAAGGCUUGAAAAACAUUGUCAACUUUAUUUAUUAUUGCUAGUCUCGUUCUACCAAGAUGUUUCUACUGAUCGCGCCGUUGAUUCUUAUUUUACUAUACAUAUACUUCAGCAAAAAUCACGACUAUUGGGCAAAAAGGGGGGUCAAACAUGACACACCGAUACCGAUAUUCGGGAAUCAUUUACGCUGUAUAUUAACAUUGAAAAGCGUUACAGAAGUAACUUGUGAGUUAUACAAAAAAUAUUCAAAAGAGAGAAUAAUCGGGUACUAUCGUGGUAGAACGCCUGCACUUAUUAUUAAAGACCCAGACAUUGUUAAAAUGAUUAUGUGCUCUGAUUUCUGGUCGUUCUAUAACCGAGGGGCAGGAAGGAAUCCUGAGCAAGAAUCUCUAAUGUUAAAUGUGUUUCAUGGAGACGGUGAUACUUGGAAGUUACUGCGACAGCAUACAUCGUCGGCGUACACUUUAGCCAAGUUAAAAGCUAUGUAUCCUUUGAUUAUACAGUGCGCGGAGGACCUACAGAAGGUAGUGCAAAAUGUAGCCCAGAAAAAAGGUAGUUUUAACGCCGUUGAUCUCAUGGCUCGAUUUACGAUAGAUUUCAUAGGCGCUUGCGGUUUCGGUGUCGAUGUAAAGUCGAUGAACACAGAGAAUUCCAUAUUUAAGAAGCUAGGAAAACUGAUAUUCACUAAAACGGCUACAGAACGGCUCAAGCAGGCAAUGUAUGAGCUCUUUCCUGAACUACGUAGGUACAUAUACGUAUCGGAUAGAGAAAUUCUUCUCACACUGAAUAAACUCGUGUCUGCUAUUUUAGAACAGAGGAACAACAAACCUUCUGGACGGAAUGACUACAUAGAUUUGCUGCUAGAAUUGGAAAAGAAUGGGAAAAUGCGUGGGAAAUCUCUUGAGAAAGUGAAUCCUGACAAUUCGCCGAUGGACGUCGAGAUGGAGAUGAAUUUUAAGCUAUUCGUGGCAAAUGUAGCUUUAUUUUUCGCGGCCGGAUUUGAAACUUCGUCUUCAGCUAUGAGUUAUACUUUACACGAGCUAGCAUUUUACCCGCAUCUUCAAAAAGAGAUUCAGGAAGAAAUAGACGAGGUUUUAUCGAAAUAUGACGGUAAACUCUGCUAUGAUUCUGUGUCACGAAUGCCUAAGCUGGCUAGGGCUUUUAAAGAGGCAAUGAGAAAGUUCCCGGCAGGUGGGGUUCUGUACCGUGUCUGUACGAAGCGGUACACGAUUCCUGGUACAGGGGUGACUAUAGAUCCGGGUGUGGAGAUAUUUAUACCGGCGCAAGCUUUGCAAAUGGAUGAACAGUACCAUGAGAACCCUGACGAGUUUAAUCCGGAAAGAUUCUUGCCAGAGAACGAGGCGAAAAUGGGAAAAUAUGUAUAUCUGCCGUUUGGAGAAGGACAAAGAGGUUGUAUAGGUUCUCGACUAGGCGAGAUGCAGUCGCUCGCCGGAUUGGCUGCACUGCUACAAAUCGCCAGCGUGUCACCAUGUAGCGCCACCGUCCGUCGACCACGACCCGACCCACGCGCUUACUUUGUGCAAGGUUUCGCGGACGGUCUUCCCCUUACUUUAACAUUGCGUAAUAAAUAGUUUCCACUCAUUGGCCACCAUGCCCACCGUAAACAACUUGGUACAAUUCGAAUCUAUUAAGGUAAUAGUGUAAACUUUUCGUUAACAUAGUUAUAUUGUAGAAAAACAUGGUCCGCCAUUAAUAAAACAUCAUCAUAAGUUUGGCACUGCGAGAAUAGUUUCCCCUCAUGGGCCACUAAAAAUUAUAAUACCUAAGUCAGUAGAUAUUCGUCAUAAACACACAAAUAAAUAUCCUUACCGGGAUUCACACUCGGGACCUCUUGCUUCAUAGGCAGGGUCACUACUGACUGGGCUAGGACGCCGUAUUUUCUAGUAUUAACUUAAUUCCUGUGAGUAUCGGAUAAUUCCUUUUUGCAAGUUUUUAUUUAACUUGCCCUGUUAGUAUAUACAAUCGAGUUCAUAAAUAUGUAUACAUAUCUUCACCUAAUCGAUUGCAGUAAGGAGAAAAAAUGUAUACAUAUUUAUGAACUCGACUGUAAGUUUGAUAGUUAGUGUGGGUCAAAUCUCGGAAGCUAAAUUUGACCCACUUCCCGAUUUUCGAUUGAGCUGAAAAUUUGUAUACAUAUGUAAGUCGGGUGACAAUGCAAUAUUAUGGUACCAUCGAGCUGAUCUGAUGAUGGCGACGGGAGUUGGCCAUAGGAAUUCAGUGAUGAAACAACACAACGCAGUCUCGAUGA